CUACCAAUUUGAAUCAACCCCAUGGGCACGUGCUCCGCCAGUCACCGCUUUUGCCACCCAUUUAUUUCAUUGGAUUUUUUCCGUUCCGCCUGCCAAGAACAACAGGCACGAUUCUUCGUUAACCGAACUUCGUAUUUAUUUUUCCUCCCCCCACUACGUGAAUGCAACGAUACCGGUGGGGAGCGCACAAAUUUCUGUGCUUGGCACGACUACUAGUAAUGCACCUUCUCGACUCGGUUAUGAUAGCCCUCAGCCGUUCAAUUCUGAACGGUCUCGAGCCGGUCGGUGUGUCUUGCAUGUUGCCAAUUCAUCUUGGCUUAGAUCUAUCAACUCCUUCGGAAGAGCAUCCAUGCCAGAUAGGGUACUCACGCAGAACCUUUGACAGAAUACUGACUGGACCUCGAUCGUUGGGCGGGAUUUACUACCGAUUGGAGGGCCUUUUCAGAGCUUAUUUCUCCACUCUGGAGUCUGGUCCCCGGACAGUUUUCGUAGAGAACAGCAAGACACACAUGGCAAUCCGUCGGAACACCAAAGGAUUGUCAACACGUGAGUGGUCCGAUGCCAUGAAAUUGAUUCACAAAGAGGUCAUUGGUCGGCCUCAGUGAUAGAAAUCCGCAGAUACGGACAGCCAAAACCUUCUUUGCGAUGCAACGUUCUCGAUCACUCGAUGCCGCAGUAGACGGAAUAUGGAUUCUGGCACCGACCGUUGUCAAUGGGACCACGAGUCAGUUUGCUAUUAGUCCUGUUCAGAACUAUCCGCAUAUACGGACCCUGGUGUUCACUCGCGAUUGUGUCAACCGUGAGGCGUG